CACCUCCAAAACCGAACCCCCCUACACAUAACAACGCACAGCAUUUCCCCCCUCCUCUCCGGAAGAAGAAGAACAUUCCAAGCAAAUUAUUCGGCUGCGAAAAGGCGGCCGAGGCGAGGCCAGGAGAGGAAAGAGAGGAGAAAAACCAGCGACAGCCAGCCACCAAACCCAAAAAAAAAACAAAAACCGGAGAGGAAGAGGGGAAAAAAAAAGCUUGGCGGAAAUCAAUAAAAAAUUCCUCGCGUGCGAGGAAACCUCGAGACGCCAGCCAACGCGAGGAGGGGGGAAGAGGAAGAGGGAGGCAGCGGCGGCCGCCCCCACCGUCGGAAUCUCUCGCUCGCGAUCCCCAAUCCGUGUGGGGGUGGGGGGUGUUACUUUCCUCCGAUUCGCCGAUUCGGCAGGCGCCGGCGGCGGGAGAUCCCGCCGAUCGGGGAGCUGCGUGGGGUGGGGGAUUUCGGGUAGGUCGGGGUGGGGGCUUGUGCGAUUGGGGGGGUUGAGGAGAGGAGAGGAGCGGAGCUGAGCUGAGCUCGGCGGAGGGGGAGGGGUGGUGGGGGCUGGAUGCUGUCGGUGAGGAGGCGGCAGGAGGAUGCGCGCGGCGUAGGGCUCCGGGGCGGAGCCGCGGGGGGCGGCAUGGAGGACGACGCCGAGCUGGAGGAGGGGGAGGCCUACGGCGACGACACCGCCUUCGUCGACCCCGACGUCGCGCUCUCUUACAUUGAUGAAAAAAUCCAAGAUGUACUGGGCCAUUUUCAGAAGGACUUUGAAGGAGCUGUAUCUGCAGAAAAUCUAGGAUCGAAAUUUGGUGGAUAUGGUUCAUUUUUGCCUACUUACCAGCGUUCUCCUCUGCUCCAAACUAGAAGUCCACCUAAGGCGGCAAACAUUAGCUCAAGAUCUCCUUGUCACCAGCCUGCUGAGAGCAUGUCCCAGAACACUUUGGCUGUGGCAGUUCCAUCUGUUUCAAAACCUAAUGGUUCCGUGGUGCUACUUUCUGACGAUUCAAGUAAAAAGGAAGUACAACAAAGCACAAAAGUUGAAAGAGCCUCUAGCACCCAUGAUUCGUUGAAUGGGCCAACUAAGUCUAGUGACCACAAUAGAUUUAAAGUCCGGAUCAAAGUUGGUUCGGACAAUGGCGUGGCAAGAAACAAUGCAGCUAUUUACAGUGGUUUGGGUCUUGAUAUUUCUUCACCUUCAUCCGUAGAGGAUAGCCCUGAUGGCUGUGGGGGCCUCUCCCCAGAAUUCAACAAUGUGCCAACUGAAUCUCCCCGUACCAUUCUUCAGAUCAUGACAUGCUUUUCAGUCCCUGGAGGGUUUUUGCUAUCCCCUCUGCAAGGUAAUCUUCUUCAACUGACACAAAAGGUUGUGCCUACAUCAAAGAAAUGGGAAACAAGUGUAAACAUAGGAAAUGUACAUGAAGGGCAUGCAGCUAAAAGGGUGAAAUCUGAUUCUAAGAAAAAGAAAGCUGUAGAUACAAAGAGGUCAAAAAGCAGAAAUGAUAUCAGUGCAGUUAUGAAAAACGAGAUUGAUAUAGAAACACCUGCUGGUCAAAAGAUCGUAUCGGAAGCUCUCAACAUAUCAUUGCUGUCUAAUCCCACAACCAUGGAGGCAAAGGAUGGGAGCCAGUUUGAAGAGUAUCAUAUCCGAAACAACCUGGUGGGAAAUAAAGAUGCUCGAUUGAAAGAACGGACCAUCAACAGCGACUUGAUGGCAAUCAAACCUGAAAAUGUCAAAGCCGAGGCAGCAGAAUGUUUAGAAAACAGUGGCCUUGGCAGUUCAGAAAUGGACAUUUCAGCAUCCAAGGGGGAAACGAAACUCAAGGCAGAAAAGGAAGAGGCGCAUGUAGAAGACAGGAACACUACCAGUGAAAAAGACUUCCAAUUGGAUAGGAAACAAGAAAGAAAAAUAAAAACAGAGAGUAAAUGCAGUACCACUGGAGUUAACUUUGAAGGUAACAAGGUUAUGAAUGAAAAAACACCUGCUGUUGGCAGGAGCACAGGAAAGGUUUCUAGUAAAGAAACUUUAGUUAACGAUAUUAAUGGAGAAAAUGUCUCCAAAAGUGAAGUCAGAAGAAUUCAGAAAGAGCAAAACAUGAAUGCUUCAUCAUCUUCUGAUUUCCUGGAAGACGACAGGGGUGUCCUUUCUUCUGCUGCAGUUAAGGAGUGGAAAAAUGAUUCGCAAUCCAAAUCUAGCCAUGCAGGAAAGAAACCCAAAGCAAAAUCACAUAGAGAUGUUAGGGAGAGCUUGCCUGAAGGAUCUUAUGGAGGCAAGGAUCAUGAUACAUUGGAGAAUGGAAGUGGCUUGGGAGAGUUACGACCAAAGGAGAAAAUUUGGAAGAAUGACAGUGAGAGGGAUUCUGAUAUGCCUGGGACAUCAAAGAGGGAAAUUUCAUCUAGUUUGAAGAAUGAUAGACACCCACCCACUGAGGAGCAGAAGAUACAUGUACCUCCAUCUGCUAGUGCACCUACUGCAAACGCAGCUCCCACGCUUCCUGCCCCAGUCGUGAUAGAUGAACAUUGGGUAUGCUGUGACAUAUGCCAGAAAUGGCGUCUCCUGCCGUAUGAGAUGAAUCCUGCUCUGCUACCAAAGAAGUGGAAAUGCAGCAUGCAACAGUGGCUACCAGGGAUGAACAGAUGUGAAGUUAGUGAGGAUGAAACUACCAAUGCCCUGAAUGCACUAUAUGUCAUUCCAGCCCCCGGCAAUGGCGUUGCUGCGGCUGGACAUCCUCAUGUUGCUUCUUCAGGGUUAACAACAUCAAACACUUUGAGUCUAAAUGGACAUGUUGAACAAAGUAGGAAAAGGAAGAAUGCCCUGAAUGAUGGAAAUGGCUCCUUUGAGGGUUCUCAGCUAACACAGGCUUCAGUUCAUCCACUGAGCAACCAACACGCUCCUACUAGAAGUAAAAACACUGCUGAUAAUAGCCAAUUUCCUGCCGAGAGAGAUUCUAAAUCAGUUGACCAUUUCAUUGAAAAGAAAAGGUCCAAGAGCAAGAAUCAUGGUAGCUCUUCUGAUGGAGGGCAUCUCGGGGAAAGAUCCAGGAAGCAUUCAAAAGUAAAAAGCAGGAGAGAGAUGGAUCAUGAUGAAUACAGAACUUCUAAGAAGCUUAAAAAAGAGGAGCGGCGCCAUUGUGGCAUAGAUUCUACCCCUGCAUGUGAUUUAGCUAGUGGAGACGUUCCUGAUGAAGCCAAAGCUUUGCCUGCAAAAUCAAUGGCCUUACAGGGUUCGAGUGAACGGAGUGAUGUUCCUUCAUCAAAGUAUAAAAGUGUUUCUAAGUAUAGUUCUUCAGAAAAAUCUAAGAGGGCUAAGGACGGGGAUGUUUUUCUUCCUGAAGACAAGAACAAAGAACAUUUUUGCCCCUCAGAUGUACAAAAAUCAGAUUUGUCUAGUAAGAAGAGGAUAGUGAAGGAAUGGGAGGAGAGUCAGCACAAUUCAACAGCUCAGGUGAGAGUGUCUAUAGUAAACCAAAGUUCUUCUGCCAAAGAAACCUUCAAGGAUCAGAAUUUAAAGGAAACUAAGUCAAAGUUAACAAAAUCCGAAGAACCAUUUGCCAUGGCAGAUUCAAAAUCAAUAAAAUUUGCACAUUCUAAUCAAACUUCAACUUACAAUGGGGGCAAUCUAACUCAUGAGCUAUUUGAAGACAGCACACGUUUUGCUGUUAAAAGGGGUAUGUCUGAACUACCAGAAAAUCGGUCUUGUGAACAAUCUCUGGAUUUGGCUGAACCUGCCUCCAAUGAUUUAGCCUACUUUCAAACUGCAGCUGUAACUUCAAAUUCUUCAAAGGCUUCAGGCUCACAGAGAAGGAAACAAAACUUUCAAGUUGCAAAAACUUCAAUUGAGUCUGUAUCUUCAUCACCGCCUGGAAUCUCUAACAAUGACAAGGUCUCCCAUAACAAAAUAUUGGGAAAGGACGGAUCUAUGUGUGCUAACACAAACAAUACACCAAGCUCGGUGAAGUAUCCAAAUGCUGAAGUUAUUGUAGAUAAUGUUCAUCAGGCCAAGAAGUCACACGAGAGUAUGCUUGCUAGCGAACCUGUUAUGAAUGAUUUCUUGCAAGGGAACUCUGAUAAAGAUAAUGAUUUGUCUCAGUUAACUCAAGGCCAUGCUUCCAAUGGUAUUAUUUCAGGAAGGAGUUUGGAUGAUGAUCUGCAGCAUGCAUCUGGGAGAAAAGAUUCAUCUUUGAAAGGCUCCAAUUCAGGUAGAGGUCAUAACCACUUGCAUUCUGCGAACAAAAAUAACUUGCUUACUGAUGGCUCUUCAAUACAAAAUAAAAUGACAAACUUGGACACUAAAAGCGAUUCAGUGGUGCAUGAAAACAAGAGAAGUGUUUCUUCUCUCCAAGACAGAAAUGAAUCAACCCAUUACCCACCAGAUGGAAAUCCCCAGUCAGAGGUGUCACUUGGAAAAGAAAAGUCGCAUCCCAAGGGCAACAAGCAUGAUCAAAAUUCCAAAGCCCAAAUGCUCCCCUCACCUCUGAAAGAAAGCAAAGUGGAAUCCCACUCCGCUCCAGUAAGAUCUAAUGCAUCAAAACCAACAGCACAGUUAAGGCGGGCCAGUGUUGAAAAUGGAGGGCAACAUGGCAUUACAAAACAAGCAAUUUCUAAUCCUGCAGAUACUUCCAGUCCAGUUAGGAAGGAUAAUAAUUCAACUGGAUAUGCUCUUAAAGAAGCGCGGGAUUUGAAACACAAGGCUAACCGUUUAAAGGAAGAAGGAAAAGAACAAGAAAGUACAAGACUUUACUUUGAAUCAGCCUUAAAAUAUCUGCAUGUUGCGUCAACAUUGGAGCCUCCUCCAAGCAUUGAUGGCUUUAAACAAUGUGAUGCAGCUCAGAACUUGUAUUCUGAUACUGCAAAACUCUGCAACUUUGUUGGUCAUGCAUAUGAGAAGUCCAGGAAGAUGGCAGCUGCUGCUUUAGCAUAUAAGUGUGUCGAAGUAGCCUAUCUCAAGGCUGCGUACUAUAAAUAUCCUACCGCAAGCAAGGAUCGGCAGAUGUUGCAGGCAAUUGUACAGGCUCCACCAGGUGAAUCGCCAUCAUCUUCUGCUUCUGACAUUGAUAAUUUAAAUAACAAUGGAUUAUCGAAGGGCCCUUCAAACAAGGAUGCUAAUUCACCCCAAGUUACUGGGAACAAUUUGUUACUAGCUGCUCGCAAUCAAUCACACUUGAUGAGGUUACUAGCCUAUACAAAUGAUGUCAAUUGUGCCUUCGAUGCAACUCGGAAGUCACAGAUGGCAAUUGCGGCUGCUGCUGGCAACCAAGAUAAUGGAAUAGAUGGUCUUUCUUCAGUGAAAACAGUUUUGGAUUUUAACUUCCAAAGUGUGAAUGAUCUACUAAGACUUGUGCGGCUUUCAAUGGAGUCCAUCAGCUGCUGACAUGUUUGGAAUCCAGGAAAAUGACAUCCCUUUACAAGGUUCUGUUGGAUGUUCAUUCCAUGUUUGAGUUAUGUCAUGGACUUGCCGGUAGCAUAUAGUUCCAAAAUUCAACUGCAUGAGAUGCUUAGGUCCUCUCAUUUAAGUGUGCUGGUUAAUCUGUACAUGAGGUGUUUUGUCUUCUCUUCUAUUCUGGAGGCGGUCUGUUCUUUUACACCAUUGCUAGCAUCUACUUGGAUGAUUUUAUCUGUGAGGGAGGCAGCUGAAGAUGUGCUUUGCACUUAUCAGCUUGAGUUGGCUUUGAAGACUGCUACUUACAGACUGCACUUGAUAAGCUUAUACACAAUGCUACUGGAAAGCAGUUCCUUUCUAGAUAAUUUUCUUUCCUCCGUGCUGUAUAUGAUGUCUUUUCGUCAUGGAGUUGACUUAUGGUAAAUAGUACCAUAUGUUCCUUUCAGAAUGACAGGAUGGUGGGUUUCUACUUGGCAAUUUUGAUGGUCAGAGGAGAGCAGUGUCAAUUAGUGUCUUAACCAAGAAAUCAGCCACUGGUGUUUCUUUUUCAUUGCCUCUUCUUCUGGAUGAAGUCCAAGCAGGUUUCAAAGAAGAAAUCACUUGGACCAUCACCUGUGUAUGAACAAUGUACAUACAUUUUCGUGUACAAUAGGCUAACUCGUUCCUUCAUUAUCAAAAUCACGACUAUAACGAGCUACCAGCACAUGUACAUGUAUAUAUACCUGAAUGGUCGGACCUUUUGUCUUGCGUGCUGGUACACUCGUGACACCAAUGUACCUUUAGUCCCCAUUUUUUCUUGUUGCAAAUUUUGUUAGUUUCACAUUAGUUGUCGAGAUGUCAGAUGUGAUAGAAUUUAUCUUGGACUGGAAAUGUGUCGCAGAGCGCAAAAAUAAGCCCUGUAUCCUGUACUGUUUGUAGCGCGAAUUGCUUCUUCAGUCCUGAGUAAAGUGAUGCUAAAAUUUCGUUAUGCAACUCUCCUUUUGUUGAUUCUGCAAAUGAAGGCUGCAGUGCAAAUGG